CAUCAUAGUCUUUGUUGAUUCUCUAUUUGAACUCGCUAUUGCGACCACAGUGUCUCAAUUUUGUUUGGAUCAAUUCUUUUGAUUGAAUCAGGUUUACUUUUGAUUAAACUAUCCCUUGGCUUCUCAACACUCAAUGUUUCUUCGGUUUGUUCAAAGUAAGAUUUUGUUUUUUUCUUUUAAGUGUGUUCUUGGUUGGACUGUUGGAGUACUUGUUUACACAAUUUCUUUCAAUAGUAUAAUUUUGAUUGUUUUAAUACGAGAAAGUCCGUCCAGAAGCGAUGUUAAUUAAGUUUGUUGUGUAGUUCUGUUUUGUGCUUUAAGUGCUAAGAUUGUUUGUUUGGCAGUCACUUCUUUUAAAUUUGGGGUGGGGAUGAUAGGUGGAUAUGGAAACUUGGGUCGUCUGGACACUUGACGUUUAGAAGUAAGGUAGAACCUCAAUAAUUCAAUACUUAAUAAGGCCAUGGGGUAUGGGGCUUGGGUUGGGGGAAAACGCCCAAGCCACCAUCCCGGGUGGGCUUGGGUUGGGGCGUGGCCUCUUGGGGCUUGGCUUUCAAGCCGGGCGUGGGGUGGGCUAGCAAAGUGACAUGGCAGACUCUCAAUGGCCAAACCAAUCUAGCCAUUUCACAUGCUCCCAUGUGUCAACUCAUACCCUCAACCCAAGCCCCCAACCCAAGCCCCACCAUACCCCAUCCAAAGUGGGUUUAAGAAUUGAGUUUUGAAAUUUACACGUGUCAACCAAAGCCCCAACCCAAGCCUACCAUACCCCACGGUCUAACCUAGAUAAAAUUAAUAAUUUGUUCGGUCCAAACUUGGGACCAGUACAAAAUUGGAUCCCAGUCGAUAAACUAAUAAGACAAUAAUUUUUUUGAAAUCCCAAUGUAAAUAUAUUGGUCCCAGCGAAACUAUAAAUUAAUAAUUACUAAAAUAUUCUAAAAUUCUAGGAUUGUCUAGUAAAAAAUGAAUCUUUUUUUGUGAACUUCAAAUCUAUAUUGAGUUCAUCUUUAAAUCUCCCUAUUGCACCCAAGAGUUGAGGCACUGUAUUCUCGUAUUGCAACAAAAAGUGUGAAGAGUUGUUGCCGCUUGCAAUACUUGUUUCCGAGUGAUCGGUUCCAAAGGUAUCAUCAACCGGAACCAAAAAGAGAUAUCAUCAUAUGGUGUUGCUGGAGCCGACUCUAUGGUUGACUUCACUGGAGUCUUCACAAAUAAGGAUAACGCUGUUGUGCACUUAAAGCCCACACAGCUAGAAACUGCAAUGCUGAGUGGUGAUCAAGAUCUUGCAGCUGACCCGAAACAUAAUGAUCUUCAACAACCACUCAUAACCCACAGUUCUAAACCUGUAACCACUUAUGCAGAAUACAGCAUCUUUAGCCAUUUGACCUUCUCUUGGUUGAGCCCAUUGAUUGCCAUUGGUUACAAGAAACCAUUAGACCUCGACGACAUCCCCGACCUAUCCGGGCUAGACAGCGCAAAAGGAUCCUUUCCCAUCUUAAAAAACAAACUAGACCACGAUCGGUUCAUCAGCAACAAACUCACAACCUUCAACCUGGUGACAGCUUUGAUCCAUACAACAUGGAUGGACAUAUUAACCACAGCCAUCCUCGCGGUUCUUUACACGCUAGCGUCUUACGUCGGUCCUUACCUCAUAGAUGCAUUUGUUCAGUUCCUCAAUGGACGUCGCGAGUCUAGACCCGAAGGUUAUCUUUUCGUUUUCAUCUUCUUUGCUGCGAAAGUUGUCGAAUCUCUCUCACAAAGACACUGGUUCUUUAAGCUUCAAAAAGGAGGAAUUCGGGCUCGGGCAGCCCUUGUUGCAAUGAUAUACCAAAAGGGUUUGACCAUUUCAAGCCAGUCAAAGGGGGAGAUCACUAACCUCAUAGCCAUUGAUGCAGAAAGAAUCGGUGAUUUCGGUUGGUACAUACAUGAUCCAUGGCUAGUAAUCCUGCAAGUUGGUAUCGCGUUAGUCAUUCUAUAUCUAAACCUCGGGUUUGCUUCACUUUGUGCAUUAGUUGCAAUCGGUUUCGUGAUGUUGAGUAACAUUCCUCUAGGAAGUUUACAAGAGAAGUUUCAAGAGGAACUAAUGAAAUCUAAAGACAACAGGAUGGUAAAAACAUCUGAAAUUUUAAGGAACAUGAAGAUCCUUAAACUUCAAGGAUGGGAGAUGAAGUUUUUGUCGAAAAUUCGUGAACUUAGAAGCGUCGAAACAAAAUGGUUGAAAAGCUUAUUGUGCACCUCAACCACAAUCAUAUCGAUCUUUUGGGUCGCCCCGAGUUUCAUAGCUGCAGUCACUUUUGCAACAUGUAUGCUCCUCGGUGUCCCACUUGAAUCAGGAAAGAUAUUGUCGGCGAUCGCAACGUUUAAAAUACUCCAACAACCUAUCUACAAUCUUCCCGACACCAUAUCAAUGAUCGCUCAAACUAAAGUUUCGUUAGAUCGUAUCACAGCAUACCUUAAUCUCCCCGACUUAGAUUCUGGUCUGGUUCAGACAUCUCCACGAGAUAGCUCGGACAUUGCAGUUGAAAUCAUUAACGGAACCUUUUCAUGGGAUGUUUUAUCCUGCAAUGUAUCGUUAAACGACAUAAAUGUCAAAGUUUUACAUGGCAUGAAGGUGGCUGUUUGUGGUACGGUUGGAUCAGGGAAAUCGAGUUUACUGUCGUGUAUUCUAGGUGAAGUGAGUAAAGUGACGGGAAGUGUGAACGUUACUACUGGUACAAAAGCUUAUGUCGCGCAAUCUCCAUGGAUACAAAGCGGAAAGAUAGAAGAGAAUAUACUGUUUGGUAAAGACAUGGAUAGAGUAAGGUACGAGAAGGUUCUCGAAGCAUGCGCGCUGAAGAAAGAUCUUGAAAUCCUGCCUUUUGGUGAUCAAACAGUUAUAGGUGAAAGAGGGAUUAAUUUGAGUGGUGGUCAGAAGCAGAGAUUACAGAUCGCGCGCGCUUUAUAUCAAGAUGCUGAUAUUUAUCUGUUUGAUGACCCAUUUAGCGCGGUUGAUGCUCAUACGGGAAGCCAUCUAUUUAAAGAAUGUGUACUCGGAUUUCUGAAAUCGAAAACGGUUAUUUAUGUCACUCAUCAAGUAGAGUUCUUGCCAGCUGCUGAUCUUGUCCUGGUUAUGAAAGGUGGAGAGAUCAAACAAGCUGGAAAGUAUAAUGACAUUCUUGAUUCAGGAAGUGACUUUAUGGAACUUGUUGGUGCACAUAAAGAAGCAUUGUCAAUAAUUGAUUCGAUAAAUACAAAGUUUGAAUCCGAAAACACAAAAGUCAAUGAAAAAGAUAACGUCGAGGUUAUAUCGGACGACACAAAGGUGACAAAAGAACAAAUCGUUCAGAAAGAAGAACGCGGAAAAGGAAGUGUUGGUUUUUCUAUCUACUGGAAAUACAUUACAAGUACAUAUGGUGGCACCCUUGUGCCUUGUAUAUUGCUUGCAGCGAUUUUUUUCGAGUUACUUCAAGUUGUGAGUAAUUACUGGUUGGCUUGGGCAUCACCCGUGUCACAAGACAUGGUGCCCCCCGUUGGGGGCCCCACACUCAUAACUGUGUACGUUGGUUUGGCGGUUGGAAGCACAUUUUGCAUAUUUUUUCGAGCAGUGUGUCUUACAACGGCUGGUUAUAAGACAGCUAAUCUACUCUUUAAUAAAAUGCAUUUAUGCAUUUUUCGUGCUCCAAUGUCUUUCUUUGAUGCUACACCGAGCGGACGCAUUUUAAAUAGAGUGUCAACAGAUCAAAGUGCGGUUGAUUUGACAAUUCCAAACGCAGUUGGUGUUUUUGCGUUUGCGGUUGUACAGCUUCUAGCGGUUAUUGCUAUGAUGUCUCAGAUAUCUUGGCAGGUGUUCCUGGUUUUCAUUCCCGUUAUUGCUAUUUGCAUAUGGUUGCAGCAUUAUUAUAUAUCUUCAGCGCGAGAGUUAGCACGACUAGUCGGCGUGUGCAAAGCUCCAAUAAUACAACAUUUUUCAGAAACUGUAUCGGGUUUAACCACCAUCAGAAGCUUUCAACAAGAACAAAGAUUUCACCACACAAAUAUGAAAUUAACCGAUGGGUAUUCACGGCCAAAGUUUCACAGUGCCGGUGCUAUAGAGUGGUUAUCAAUCCGUGUGGAGCUUUUGUCGUCCAUUAUAUUCGCUUUUUUCUUAGUUUUCUUGCUCAUCGUCCCAAAGGAGACCAUCGAUCCAAGAAUCGCGGGGUUAGCAGUGACUUACGCGCUUAACUUAAACAUCCUACAAGCUUCUGUAACAUGGAAACUAUGCAAUAUGGAGAACAGCAUUAUUUCCGUCGAAAGAAUACUUCAAUACACAUCUAUACCCAGUGAGGCACCUCUUAUUGUAGAGACAUGCAAGCCCGACGAUAUGUGGCCAUCGGAUGGAAAAGUGGAUAUACGCGAUCUUCAGGUACGGUAUGGCCCACACAUGCCACUUGUGUUGAGAGGAAUUACAUGCAGUUUUCAUGGCGGAACAAAGACGGGAAUUGUAGGAAGAACAGGAAGCGGUAAAUCAACUCUCAUACAAACGCUCUUUAGAAUUGUUGAACCGGCAGGGGGACAUAUUUUCAUCGAUGGGGUCGAUAUAUCCUCGAUCGGGCUUCAUGAUCUACGGUCAAGAUUGAGCAUCAUCCCUCAAGAUCCAACCUUGUUUCAAGGGAGUGUAAGAAGCAAUCUGGAUCCGCUUGAACAGUACACCGAUGAACAGAUUUGGAAGGCUCUAGAUCAGUGUCAGCUGGGAGAUGAAGUUAGAAGAAAGGAAGGAAAACUCGAUUCAGCAGUCAAUGAGAACGGAGAGAACUGGAGCAUGGGUCAACGACAACUAGUGUGUUUAGGCCGGGUACUACUUAAAAAAUGCAAGAUCUUAGUGCUUGAUGAGGCUACCGCAUCAGUGGACACAUCAACCGACCACACAAUACAACAAACACUUGGUCUGCAUUUUUCUGACUCAACUGUCAUCACAAUUGCACAUCGGAUCACAUCUGUGCUCAACGGUGACAUGGUUUUAGUCUUGGAACAAGGACUGGUUGAGGAAUACGAUUCGCCUUUAAAAUUGUUGGAAAAUAAAUCUACAUCCUUUGCAAAGCUCGUUGCUGAGUACCGUGGACGCUCUAGUUCCAGCUAUGAUUCUAGAGUAUGAGAUCGGCUUCAAGUCGUAAAAAAACUGUAAAUUGCAUUUUACAUCCUUUAAGUUUGAGCCAAAUUGCAGGCACUGUCCUUUGGCUAACGAAAUUACAUUGGAUGUCCUUUAUGUUACUGAUUUUCAUCAGGCGGUGUCAUUUUGCCCUAACACAUUUAAUUUUUUUUUGGUGUUAGUUAACAGAAAAAAUUAACUGUGUUAGGGCAAAAGGACAUCGCCUGAUAAGAAACACUAACAUAAAUGACAACCGGUGUAAUUUCGUUAGUUAAAGGAUAUCGCCUGCAAUUUUGCUCAAAGUUAAUGAACGUAAAAUGCAAUUUACUCUAAAAAAAAAAAA